AUGUUUCCCACUCCCGCUUCCCGCAUCGCCCUCAGCAGCGGCGGCGGCGUCCCUUCCGGCGGCGCCUCUUCUUUUCGCCACCCCCGCCUAGCAAUCUUCACCCUCGCCCUCGCCGGCGUCGGCGCCACCUUCAAGUACGUGUCGACGACGAUCCGCAACAACGAGCUGGCGCAGAAAAGCUCGCCUGGCUCGCAGUUUUAUGUGAGCGUCGAUAGGAGUGGUGGAGGGAUUUGA